AUUUUGAGUAUAAUUGGAAAAGAAUGAUAGAUAAGUGUUUCCCUGGGAAAGGACCUCUUGGACACAGUUGGUUACAAGGUAUUUACAAGGUGAGGGAGAAGUGGUCAUCGGCUUGGGUGAAUUCUCAUUUUGGUGCUGGUAUGAAGAGCACCCAGUUAAGCGAGUGUUGCAACAGUAAUCUUCGUCAUUACUUGCAGUCAGAAUUUAGUAUUCCUAGAUUCUUUGUACAUUUUGAUAGGAUGCUUGAUAAUAAGAGAGAUGCUGAAGAAGAAGAGGAGUACAGAGCACUUUCUACGUUUGCUGAUUGUCGCUUUUCAAGCAGUGCUAUUGUCAAGCAAGUUGCUGAUCUAUAUACCCCAAAAAUAUUCCAGCUUUUUCUAGGACAGUACAAAGAAUCUCUUUCAUACAAUGUUUUCCCUAAUACAGAGUUAGCUCAAGAAGGGAAUGUAAAGAUCUUUGAUGUCUUUACAUUGUUAGCAGACUUGUCAAGGUUUGACAGCAGACUGCUCAUAGUUGAUUUUGAUAAUGGUGAAAUUAAGUGUACUUGUCGCAAGUGGGAGUCAAGCGGUUUGUUGUGUAAGCAUCAAUUGAGGGGAUAUGAUUUGUUGUGGUCUACAACUUGCAAUGUGAAGUUUCAUCACAUCCCUUCUAGUUUGAUUUUGAAGCGAUGGACAAGGACAGCAAAAACUGGUGGGAAUUUUGGAUUUGCAGUUUCGUCUACUGAGGCUCCGUCAAAGUAUCGGUCUCGCCUGUUCAAUAUUUCAGCUGUUUCUGCUUCGCUUAUCAGUAGGGUUUGUUUGAAUGAUGAUUUGUAUAAAACAACCAUGGAUUUCAUGAGUGAUUUGAUCAAGAAGUGUGAAGCUUUACCAACUGUUGAAACAGCUGGUACGGGUGGAUCGACCAACUGUGAGAGUGAUGUUCCAGUUCGAAAUGUGAAGGGGUUUAAGCCUAAGAAGGAUUCAUUUAAGCCUUCGAAACGACCUAUUACAGAAGCUGAGAUUGGAAGGGCGGCUAGUAGGAAGAAGAAAAAGACUAGCAGAUUGGAAGAGGAGAAAUUGAAGGCUGUGGAAGAAAGUUUGAAGUUGAAGUUGUGAUAGUUGUUUGAAGGCUGUGGAGUUUUAUUAGCUGUUGAAGGAUGUUGAUUUUUAUGUGUUUCUUGCAUAUUUGUUUUGUUUUGAAGUAGUAUUGAUCUGCACAUGUGAAGGACUUAAUGUUUAG